AUGGGGACUCCCGUCUCGUUCCGCCAUCGUGGAGGUGAAGGGGCCCUCGUGCCAUUUUCCCGCGAUGUGCACAGUAACCCCAGUCGCAUGGCUAGCGCAGAGGUUAGCGUGCCACAGCUGGAUCCCCUUAUUGACUUUGGGCCCGCGAAUGGAGUCCGUCAAGCCACUCCCAGCAAUUAG